AUGGAGUUGAACAAGCCUAACAAUACCCCAGACGACGGGCUUGAACUUGAGAGAGUCGCCGUCGGACCUUACUGUGUGUUCGACGAUUUCAAACGACCCUUAACCCCAAAACCGAGUCGCCAGACGCCAACCGAGUCGCCUGGUAGAAACAAAGCAAAGAUGGAUGGGCCGACUAUGUCGAACGAGUUUCCCUUCUCAAACACAGCCCGAACGCCGUGGUUAUCUACCUCAGGUGAGGACGUCGCUCUCGUAACGUCCUCUGGCGACGACUUCAAUCGCGCCGACUGGAAUGAGUGGAUGCAAUGGGAUCCCGCCUCGUCGCAGAACCCAGAAAUGAAGCCGCCGCUGAAUGCGCAAGGUCCCGUAUGCUUUCUUAAGCCUGGACAGAAACCCCCGCUGUAUAAUCGGCGACAAAAUUCGCAGCUGCGCGAACCAUCUCUCGGCCUACAGUCAUCAGACGUGCCGACGACCGUAUCUGUACCUGGGCGAGCUCCUUUCACGUUUGGAGGAAGCGUUGAACAUCCUCCAGCAUUCCAUUUUGACGGCGGCGCGCUAAGUGGAGGGACGCUGAGCUCUCCCUCUGUUGGUGAUAGCCGACAGAACGGAUUUUAUUCACCACCAGUUUGGGAUCAGCAUCAAGCAGGCGAAAACCCUAUGUUUUCACCCGCAAGGUACGAGCAACCAAGCAAUUCCUCAGUCCAAGUGCCUCCACUAUCAACACCAAGCCUCCAUCAUAGCCCAAGUUCACUCCACAACGCAAGGACAAGCUCAUCAUCGGCUCAAUCCUCUCCCGAGCCUGGAAAUCCCAGUAAUCCCAAGAAGCGCAAGUCGACGACUGAAGAGGUUGAGAAGGCGCCUGAAAGCAAGAAAGACAAACAGCCGCCGGUUAAAAAGACAGCGCAUAAUAUGAUUGAGAAGAGAUACCGAACUAAUCUCAACGACAAGAUUGCUGCUCUGCGGGAUAGCGUACCAAGUCUUCGAGUCAUGUCGCGUGGAAAUGGACAAGGAGAGGAAGAGGACGAUCCAGAAGAUCUUGAGGGCCUCACGCCGGCCCAUAAACUCAACAAAGCAACCGUUUUAUCCAAGGCCACCGAGUACAUUCGUCAUCUUGAGAAGCGCAACAAGCGGCUCACCGAUGAGGUCACGACGCUGAAGAACCGGUUAGAGAGCUACGAGAAAAUGGCAAUAUCUGGUCCCAUGUCUCUUCCCGGAUCUGUAAGUACUCCAGAUGGUAACAGGUACCCAGACGACCCAUUUGCGCCGCCAGGUAUGAUGGGUGCGUCAGCCUCUGGACCGCCUCAAGGCAUGAUACCAGUGCCUGAAAGCAUGGCGAACCUACACCGCGGCCUUCCUCCUCAACCACACUAUGCUCCCCAGCAUGGUUCAUAUCCACAAUAUACUAGUGGUCCUCCACGCCCAGGCCUCUCUGGCCCCCCUCUAGUGAACGGACGCCGAGGCAACUCCAUGAUGGGUAAGCUGAUGGUCGGCUCUCUUGCUGGUCUAAUGCUGGUAGAAGGCUUUGUGGAACGGGAACAAUCUGCGGAACAGCCCGAGGGCCGUGGCUUAUUUGCUCUUCCCAUCAACCUCGCCGCCUUCCUCACACGCCCAGUCUCCUUCGGCGGUACCACCGCCCAGUUCCCGCUGGGCAAGCUGCUACUCAUAUUUGGCGCUGUGUUCUACAUCGUUGCGCCUUUCCUUGACUUCAGGUCGAAGCCAAAAAAGAAGCUUCUCUCAACAUUUACCCUAUCUCCUGCACCGUCUCUUGCAUCGCCUGUUGAGGUUCGUCGAAAGGCAUGGCUUACUGCGAUUCAAACUGUCUGGGUACCUCAGCACAAUUUCCUUCUGGAAGCAGCAGCCCUCGCCUUGAAGACGUUGAAGCUUAGUACAUGCAAAGUUAUUGGUUGGCAGGGCUAUGCUUUGCUCUGGGGCAUCACCAAAGAGCAGGAAGCUGCUCGAGUGAAAGCAUGGGAUAUCGCUUUGGAUGCUCAGCUUACUGGUGGUGACGCCGAGAUCAGUAAAAGCCGCUUGGUUCUUACAUUAAUGGCAUCCGGAACAUUGCCCGACACCCCGGCACGACUUAUGCUAAAAGCCCUCCACAUCCGAGUCUUGCUGUGGGAGGUUACCAAUGCUGGGUACGGCACCGCAGCCGGCUUUAAAGAGUUUAGCUCGAGAUUAUCCCAAAGAUAUUGGGAUCUCGCCCGGAACGAACAAAAGAAUGCAGCUAGUAAAGCGUUAAAGUCGAGCAACGAGGAAGAUCUCCUCCCCCAACACCUUGUGGCCCUUCUGGAGAUGGACUGCGAGAAAGUACUCGUCGAGAGUAUUGUUCAGCGCGCGUAUAACCUCGCCUGGAAUCGGCCCAGUGCUGAGAACACAACUCUGGACGAAUCAAUGGAUGGUGUAGUUGAAGAUUUCGCUAUAUCUUCGCCUCUUGAUGCUCUUGCUGCUUGGUGGUCUAGCUAUACACUCAAAGAGGCGCUCGCGGGCUACUUAGGCUCCAGGAGCUCUACGCUGAGAGACAGUGUGAAACGCGACUUGAGCCUUGCCACUCGUACUGCACCGCCACUGUCUCAGGCUCAAUUACGGGCUCUUGUGGCCCAGGCUGUCCUUCAAGAUGAGGACCGCACUGCUCACCUCAAGUUGGCUCUUGAAGCGUUACCCUCAAAAUCCUCUUCAACACCACGACCAGAUGAUAAGAAUUCGCCUCGCGCGAUUCUCAAUCCUGUAGGAGGUGGUCCAAUGGCUGCAGAUGUUCAGAAUGCUCUCACCCUGGCCAAGUGCCAGGCUUUGAUCGAGACUUCGAGCGAGGAAGCGCACCGCCAGGCCAUUUUCGUGAUCAACAACACCUUCCUUCCAGAAGCCACUACUACCCUUCUCAGCUUUGUUGCUGGCUACAAGAUCCUCAAUCGCUUUAUUGACGAUUCAGAUCUUCAAGCUAAGAGCAGCCAAGGUCUCGAGCGGUUGGCAAGCUCACUGCGCCUAUGGGUUGGGCAUGACGCUGGUCGCCGAAGUGGUUUGUCAAACAAGGUGCGUGGUCGCACUAUUAAUAAUUGCUUAAAUGCAAGCAAGAUGCUUGUUGGUCUAGUUGAGCCUGAGACAAUCGAUGAUGGCUAUGUCAGCCAGAGUGACACGAACGAGUGA